GUUCGCGCAGCGCUCCCCGCUCGCGAACAUUUCCCGGCCGAACGCAUAUCGCACGAUGCCUCGCCUCGCUUCCGCUCUGUUCUUCGCCAUCCACGGCGUGGUGUCACCUACUCUCGACCUGGAGAUAGGCGGUCGUAGACGGGGAGUCACACACUAUGGCUCCUGUAUUGCCUCAGGAGCUCCUCGACCAGGUCGUCGACCAUCUCUGGGACGACCGAAAGGCGUUGAUCGCGUGUAAUGCGGCAGGUCGCGUAUUCGUCCCCGCUGCUCGGUCGCACAUCUUCUGCGACGCCGCCGUCGGCGGGCUCCUCGCAUGUGAGCGCGUCGAGCGUGUCCUGGACGGCUCCCCCGACACCGCGCGCUACGUCCGUACGCUCAAGGUCGUUGCGCACCAUUUUACCUACCAGGCGGGCGCGUACCGGAACAUCGACUCGUCCUGGGUAUCCCGUAUCCCUGCCCUCGUCGUCCGCUUCCCUAGGCUCGACGCGCUCGAGCUCGAGUCACUCAACUGGAACACUCUCCGGCUGUGCCCCGCGCGCAUCAGUCCGUUCCUCAAGGCGGUUUCCCGCCUAUCGAGUCUGGUGCUCACGAACGUCCACUUUGGGUGCUCCUCGCAGAUCAAGGACGUCCUCUGCGUCGCGACGCGCAUCACGGAGCUUCGCUGCGAUCGUGUCUACUGGAGCUACUGGUCCCCACAGCGCCCAUCAUGCCUCCCAGAGCUACAGGAUAGCCGGGAGCCGUCACCGUUGCGUCGCCUCGUCCUGCGCCCUGGCUCUCCGUCCAUCCUGUUUACCAAGUGGCUCUUGCAUCCUGGCUGCGAAUUGCAUAUUCAGGACAUCAACGUCCGCUGGCGCGAGCGGGAACAUACGGGUGCCCUCGGUGACCUGCUCCGCGCGUCCGGCGUCCACCUCGAAUCGCUCUACCUGGAGUUACCCAGCUCUGUAGCCGCCGAGGCACUUUCGUACAACAGCCUCGAUCUCUCCGCCAACCCCAACCUGCGCCGCAUCCAGUUUGAAGGACCGGUGCUCCCUGACUGCUGCAACUGGGUGCCUGCGCUCAUCACGCAGAUCGUCUCCACCAAAGUCGCGACCAUCGACGUGCUGCUCAUGGCGCCGUGGACCCAGGACCUGCAUGCGUUCGACUGGGCGCUGCUGAACAGGGCGUUGUCGCAUCCGCGGUUCGAGGGCGUGCGGGUCACGUUCGACGUCAGCCUUGCGUUGUGGCAGGCGAGCAACCAGGCGGUUGUGCACGAUAUCGUAUUCAACGCGUUGCCCGACUUCCGUUCGAGGGGCGAACUGGUCGUCACUUGUUCGUGAUACCCAGGCGCUACAUCGUAUGCCAUGUAGAGCCUACCUAGAAGAUAUCAAGCUCAUUACUAGGGUUGUUUGUGGAUCGGUGCUUCCUUCGUUAUCUAGUCCCUUGGGUCUGGGAUCUAACGGGUCAUGUCUUUUGCUUAUUACUCUGGGUCUCUGGUCUAAUCAAUGGGGGUUUUCGGGCUGGUUUUUCAAGUUCA